AUGUCACGGCGUGGUCAGGCCAGGGAAGACCAAUACGUUGGCCCCUACCGACUGGAAAAAACACUUGGCAAAGGACAAACUGGCCUUGUUAAAUUGGGUGUUCAUUGUAUCAGCGGUCGCAAAGUUGCCGUUAAAAUUGUCAAUCGUGAAAAAUUAAGUGACAACGUUCUUCAGAAAGUUGAGCGGGAAAUUGCAAUUAUGAAGCUUAUAGAGCACCCGCACGUCCUCGGUCUAUACGACGUUCACAGGGACCUAAAACCGGAGAACCUUCUCCUGGAUGAUAAACUAAAUAUUCGAGUUGCUGACUUUGGAAUGGCUUCAUUGCAACCAGAGGGUUCUCUACUGGAGACUAGUUGUGGCUCCUCUAUUGCUGACCCUGUAGGCGAACAGAUUGAAGACAUUCGCUGUGGAGGAGUGCGAGCUAAGGCCUCCAUCAAGUUCGCUCAAUUGUGUCAUCACAUUGUGUUUGUACACCUCACUGAACAAGUUGCUCUUGACACCCUCCAUGGGGAGGCCUCCACUUUUCCCUCUGCCAUUGCAGGCACUUCUCGAAUGUCUAGGAUAUCCAAAGAGGAGAGCCGUGCGAUAGUACUACUAUCUCACUUUAAUGAAUUACAACUUAAAGCUUGA